UGACAACCACUCAUAUAUAUGUUAUACACUUUAUUGUGUUAGAUUUUUUACAUGUAGUAAGCUGCUAUUCGUUUGAUACAUAACAGUUAACACAUUCAUUAAUUUUAUUUAUUAUUAAUUUAUCUGACGGUACACCUCAACUGUAAGUAUGAAUUUGUACGAAGUUUAUGUAAAUGCGGUGUCUUUUUCUGCGGGCUGUGCAUCCACUGCAAUGAUGUUAACACCCAUGUUAGUAUGUAAGGAUAUUGUGAAGAAAAAGAAGUCAGAUCAUGUCAACUUAUCUACAUUUGUUGGUGCAAUUUUUAGAAGUUCACUAUUUUGUCGACAGGGUUUCAUUUUAAAUUUACCAACAAUGAUGUUUGUCCAUGGAAUGGGAUUAUUAAUUAAUACAUUUUACUUAUCGCUUUAUUGGUAUUACUCAAAUAAAAAAAAUGAUGUUAUCACUACAGUUUUUAAGACCGCAUUACUGAGUGCAGUUUUCUUGUUAUAUUCGUUUAUAGAAUCUACAGAUUUAGUGGUAACACGCUACCCAAUUAUGGUAUCAAUAAUACACUUGUCACUCAUGGGUUGGCCAUUAUUAUCUAUUAGAGAAACUAUAAGAACCAAAAAAUGGUCUGGACAUCCAAAGCCGAUCUUGAUAAAUAGUAUAGUUCUUUGUAUUUUAUGGCUUCUCUAUAGUAUCAACAUACAAAACCGUAUCAUUUUUACUCAAUGUUCAGUAGCACUCAUACUAAGUUCGACACAAUUAGGAUUAUGGACAAUAUAUCCAGCAGAAAGAAUUCAACAUAAUAAAAUGGAAAAACAUGAAUGAUUACUGUUGUUAUAGUUGUACAAUUUUUUGUU